UUUUCGUCAACUUAAAUCAAUUAUAUUCGUACAAUAAAGUUUAUGAAGUGAGAAAAAUAGAAUAAAGAGAAUCAGUUAGAAUCUAGAUUGCAAUGAGUGAAGAAUUGACUUUUUUAGUGCUGGCGCGUUAAUUGAGUUAAUGAAAAGAUGUAAAAAGUCAAAAUGAAUUAUAAUCUGUAUUUAAUAAUUGCACUAUUAAUUAAUAUCAAUCGAACUGAAUGUGCUAGUGAUGGAAAGGGCUGUCAAUUUAACGACGCAAUCUUCAAUCCAAAAGUUUUUCACAAUAAUGCUUAUUGGAAGUGCUAUGAAAAUUUCUCCGAUAAGAAUCGUCUUCAAAAGGUCUAUUGCCUAGUCGAGCAUGAUGCAUUAAAUUUUACCGUCCCCGGAUUCGUUAUUCGAGAGCAAUGCGUUCCAUUUGACUAUAGAUCGUCAUCAAUUAGUGAAUUGGUUCAAAGUUCAUUGUCAAAUGAGACGUACGCUUUAUGGAUCAAAUGUUGUCAUGAUGCUGAGAAUUGCUGCAAUCAAAUGAUGAACAAUUUUCAGGGGGAAAAUUUUUUCAGCACAUGCGAUGCACAUUGGGAUGGAACUAGUUGCUUUAUGGAAACUAAUCCAGGAGAUUUUGUAAAGAUGCCAUGUCCUCAUUAUAUUAAGAAGUAUGACGAUUCAGAGUGUGAAUAUUCUUAUGAAAAAAUUUGCCAGCCUAAUGGAACUUGGACGAAGAAUGACUUCACUCAGUGCUAUGAAAGUGAACGUCUGAGAAAUUUUACAUUGUGGCAUUUGAUAAUAUUAAGCAUAACAUUAAUUUUCUGUUUGCCGCCAAUCCUUUCAUUUACAUUGUGUAUUUGGUGCUAUGGAAAACACAUGAAAGCACUUGUUGCGUUGAUAAUUUUCGUUACACUUCGGAGUAUAUUGAAAUUGGCAUUAGUCAGCAUGGUUUAUAAUGAUUCUAUGACAUUGACAGCGAAUUCUUUAAUCUGCAAAACUCUUGUCGCAUUAACACAUUUUACAGGCACCAUGUCCUAUACAUGCUUAUCAAUGAUGGCAUUAAAGCUACUAGAAAUUGUAAAAAAAUGGUCAUCUGGGAAUUGGGGGAUGUUCAUGCUCAUGUCAAUGGGAUUGUUAUUGAGCAUUUUAAGCACCGUUAUUUGGUCAUUUGCUAUGAAAAUAUUUUCAAACAAGUUAUGCUGGGCUGUUGAUGGUGACUUUCAUUGGAUUUAUGAUGUCGUUAGGGUAUGCAUUCUUGUCGUUGCUGUUGUUUUCUUCGUUCUUUGCUUUAGUCAUCAGUCAAAGCAACAUGACAUUCACAUGCUCUUGUUCCUCAAAAUAUUCAUCGUUCUAGUAUCAAUUUUCACAUUACCAAUAAUUUUAAGUCUGUUCUCAUCAAUAAUUGGAUUAUGCAGAUGGGAAGAUGCAUACAAAUUUAUGUAUGAAUUCCUUGAAUUCCUUCAAAUCUUUGCUUUGUGCUUAGUUUACUUCAUUCCAUUCCCAAAAGCCUCCUCAUGGUCAUCAUCAAAAAUAUCAUCACAAAACUCAAAUGCUAGUUUGGCGUCAUCAAGACUAUCACAUCAUCGAAAUGACACAGCAUAUAGUCAUUGGAAUGAUGCAGUUGUGUAUGCAAAUAGCUCAGUUUGUUAUGAUAAUGACAUCGUGUAUGAGAACAUUAGCACUUUACCUGAACCGUACAAAGCAGAUAACAAUGAAAAUGUAAAUCACUCGAGAAACAGCAGCAAUCAACGACACACAAUUCGACAAGUCAUGUUACGUGCCAAAAAGAAUUUACCACAUGUUGAUAAUGUUGCACCUAGAAAAUUAUCAGCACCUCCUAUUCCUAUACCAAAAAUUAUUCCUAAUCAAAUUCUUGAUGAUGUUCAGCUUUUUGAUGCUUAUUACAGAAGUUUAGAUUCAGUUUGUACAAGCUCCGACAGCAAUGAUCAAGUCGAGUCUAGCAACAAAAGAAUAUCGAUCAAAAAUAUUAGUAAAGUUUUCAUGCCGCGACCCAGUCAUCACAAAAAUUCAAGCAACGAUGCGACAUCAAAUGACAUUGAAAAAUUUAUGUAAAUGCAGCAACAUAACUUUGAUCAUCACCUUGUAUGUUUACUAGCAUCGUCAUCAUGAUAGAUAAAAUAUCAUCUGUGACAGUAAAAGUGUGCAGAUUGAGCCAAAACCUGUUAACAUGUAACAAUAAAUAUUCAAAUUUUUUACAUCAAAAACCAG